UUUACUGCGUAUAUAUCAAUUGACAUUUCAAUUAUAGGUUAGAAUUUUAAUUAUUUAUGUGAUCUUUUUUCUCAACUGCAUGAACAUUUUUGUGAUAAAUUAAUUCAAUAUGUGGUCAUUUUUUUCUCGUGAUCCUUCUAAAGACUUCAAUUUUGAAAUUGGAGAGUUAGUGCCAAGUUUAGAAGACAAAAGUGUAUGGAACCUGCAUAAAGGAAAAAAGAAGGGUUCCAGUGAAGAAGUAUCAGUAUUUGUUUUUGAUUUGAAAAGCAAUCCAGAGUCACAGUUAGAAGUAGUAAAAGCUGCUGUUAAAAGAUUAAAAACAUUAAGGCAUCCUAGUGUACUCACUUAUUUAGAUAGCUUGGAAUCAGAAAAAGUUUUAUAUUUAGCAACAGAACAUGUAGACCCCUUAAAAGAGCAUCUUGAAAAACUACCGCUUGAAGCACCACAAAGAGAUUUAUAUAUCGCUUGGGGUAUUUUUCAAAUAACUAGAGCUUUAUCUUUUUUAAACAAUGAUGGUAACUUAAGGCAUAACAAUGUCAACAUUUGGUCAGUUUUUGUUAAUUCUUCUGGAGAAUGGAAAUUAGGAGGUUUUGAGUAUGUGUCGAGUACACAAGAAACGAAUUUACCAUCUAAAGUAAUUUCUACUCUAGAUAUCUAUAGUCCUCCAGAAAAAAAUGAUCCAACCAAACAAAGGGCCAUGACAAAAUGUUCAAGUGAUAUGUGGGGAUUGGGCUGUCUUAUAUGGGAAGUAUUCAAUGGACCAUUGUACCAACAUUCGUCCCUUAGAAACCCUGACAAAAUUCCCAAACAACUAGGACCUUUAUAUUUUGAACUUUUAAACACGAACCCAUCAUCAAGGCCUAAUCCUGCAGAUGUAAUAACACGGUGUAGAAAAUUAGGAGGUUAUUUUAAAAACGAUCUUGUCGACACGCUGCUCUUCCUAGAGGAAAUCCAAAUUAAAGACAAAAAUGAGAAAAAUAGAUUUUUUUCAAAUUUAACGCCGCAUUUAGAUAAUUUUCCCGAUAAUGUCUGUAAACACAAGAUCUUGCCUCAGCUGAUAACGGCGUUUGAAUAUGGAGAUGCAGGGUCUGCUGUUCUGGCGCCCAUGUUUAAACUUGGCAGGCUCCUCGAUGAAGCAGAAUAUCAAAAAAAGAUCGUGCCGUGUGUAGUAAAAUUGUUUGGAAGCAACGAUAGGGCUACAAGAUCGAGACUUUUACAACAAUUGGAACAUUUUAUAGGACAUUUGCAAGCGAGUACGGUCAACGAUCAAAUAUUUCCUCAAGUUGCUCAUGGGUUUAUGGAUACAAAUCCCACAAUUAGAGAACAGACUGUUAAAUCUGUGAUACACCUAGCACCUAAGUUAAGUUAUAAUAAUCUAAAUGUAGAAGUGCUUAGACAUUUUGCCAGAUUACAAGCGAAAGAUGAUCAAGGCGGUAUAAGAACCAAUACAACAGUGUGUCUCGGUAAAAUCGCUCAACAUCUUCAUCCACAAAUUAGACAGAAAGUACUGAUUUCUGCCUUCAUUCGGGCGAUGAGAGACCCCUUUCCUCCAGCUAGAAAUGCAGGUGUUUUGGCACUGGCAGCCACUCAACAAUACUAUCUUCUAUCAGAAGUAUCUUCCAGAAUACUUCCUGCAUUAUGUCAAUUGACAAUGGAUUCAGAAAAAGUUGUUCGAGAUUCAGUUUUCCGUACUAUAAAAGGUUUUCUUGGCAAAUUAGAAAAGGUAUCUGAAGAUCCUAGUUUGAGGGAAAGUAUGGAGGCAGAUGUCAAUACGGCAACGCCUAGCUUAAGUAAUGCAGCUGCAACGUGGGCUGGAUGGGCAGUUACUGCAGUCACUGCCAAAUUUUAUAGGAGCCAGUCUGAUACCGUUAAAUCAAUAAAUCCAAUUGGCAAUAAAAUGCUCAGCAAACCUGGAUCAUUAGAACAACCUUCAAGUAGCAGCAUAUCAACGACUACUUCUAGUGUUACAUCAAUGACAUCUUUAGAACAUGAAGAUGCUAGCAGAGGAAAUGAUUCUGUAUCUGAUUAUGAUUACAAUCAUUGGGACGACAAUGAUAAUUGGGGAGACAUUGAGACUGGAGGACAAAUGGCCAGCAGCAGUGGAAGCGGGUGUGCAGGAAGUAGUGAUCCCAUCAGCCCUCCUUCUGGUUCCGGUCCACCUACAAAAGUUACAGAUGGUUGGGAAAACGAAGAGUGGGGCAGUUUAGAUGAAGAACCAGAACAAGAAGUAGAACUCACUUCACCGUCGGAGGCAUGGAGUCCUGGUGAUACAGCUCCUAUCUUACCUGAUUACAAAUCCAAUAAUUCUUGGUCACAAGGGCAAACAAAUAACAGACACACGUCACCUUCCCAUAACUGGGACGACCACGAAUUUGAACCAUUAGAAGAGAACCCAGGAUCGAAUAAUCCCAAAUUAGAAGAAGCCAGGAAAAAGCGAGAAGAACGAAAAUUGAUGAGGCAGAAAGAGUUGGAAGCAAGAAGAGCAAGUAGACCUGGCACCGGUGGACCUAUGAAAUUAGGUUCUAAGAAGAUUUAACUGAUGCAAUAUAUAAAUUAGAAAAAUUAAUUAUAUUACAGGUCUUUAUAUUGAAAAGUAUCGCACAUUUCAGUUGAAUAUUAUAUUUUUGAAUAUGA